AUGUCUGAGAAGAUAGAAAAGCCUUCAAAAGACACUCGAGUGCCGAUAACAAUUAUUACAGGGUUAUUAGGCGCUGGUAAGACAACGCUGCUGCGGGGUUUGCUGCGAGCAGCAGCAGCAGCAAAUAUUCGUUUGCUGCUAAUACAAAAUGAGUUCUCUGAAAGGAUGGGCAUAGAGGCGCCCACACUCAUAGACGCCACCCAGCAGCAGCAGCAGCAGCAGCAGCAGCAACAGCAGCAGCAAGGGGAGGAGCGCGCGAGUGUUUUGCUUUCUUCUGGUGGAGGGUCAAAGCCUCCUAUUGAUUUGCUUGAGUUACCGGGUGGUUGUUUAUGCUGCUCUGUGCGCAGCGAGUUGCUGCAGGCGCUGCAGCAGCUGCUGCAGCAGCUAAAAGGCAGCAUAGAUGCAAUUUGUAUUGAAACAAAUGGUGCAGCAGAUCCUCAGCCUAUCUGUGAAUCUCUCUGGGCUGAUGAGUCUCUAGAAGAUGCUGUAAAGCUUGAUGCUGUUGUCUGUCUUGUAGAUGCCUCAAGGCCUCAUGCUGCACUACUCCCUGCUGCUGCUGCUGCUGCUGGGAAAGACGCAGCAGCAGCAGCAGCAGCAGCAGCAGGGAAUGGGGUGUAUGCUUCUGGAGGAGAUUCGUUAGAGACGCAUGCAGGGCUUGGUCUUGUUGCUCUUAAGCAAAUUGCAUGCGCAGAUUGUUUGCUGCUGACGAAAACAGAUAUCUGUGGGGAGCAGCAGCAGCAGCUGCUGCAGCAGCAACUUGCUUCCCUUAACCCAGGGGCUGCGCUGCAGUGCUGCACAAAGGGUCAAGUCCCUCUUGCUGCAGUGCUCGGCCUCAACGCCUACGGCAGUAGCAGCAGCAGCAGCAGCAGCAGCAGCAGCAGCAGCGGGAGCAGUUGGUUGAUGCGGGCACUGACACCGGAGGCUGCCGCUGCUACAGCAGCAGCGGAGGCCCUCUACCAGCAGCAGCAGCAGCAGCAGCAGGAACACCAGCAGCACGAGUGCGCAGCUAAAGGCACUUGCUGCAGCAACAGUUUAAGAGGUUUGUGCAGCGUUAUGAUUACAAUUUCUUUAGGAGGUAAAACUAAAGAAAAGCCCGAGCUGUUCUCGCUGCAGCUGCUAGAAAGAACUAUUGGGGAGAUGCUGUGGGGAGACGCAGCAGCAGCAGCAGAAGCAGAUACAGCAGCAGCAGCAGCAGCAGCAGCAGCAGCAGCAGAAGAGACAGAAGCAGAUAAAAUGCAAACAACAACUGCCUCUGCGAUAUUUCGCUGCAAAGGCCUCUUCUAUGCUUGGGUAGACAAUGAAGACGCAGAAGCAGCAGCCACAGGUAAGAGCAGCAGCAGCAGCAGCAAAUGCAACAGCAGCAAAUGCAACAGCAGCAGAUGCAGCAGCAGCAAAAUCAACAUGAGCAGUAGCAGCAGCAUAGCCGUUGGAAUCAGCAGCACGUAUGCCCUAUGGGCCUAUUGA